UAAGCUAACGGUUUUAUAGCGAGUAGGAAGAAGACAGGACACAGUCUAGGAAUUAUCCCUGAGUGUUUCCCCGGUCCUCUUUCAAGCAGGUUCACUGAUGUUGCUUUAUUUGGAAGUCCCGGAAGCGUUUGCUCCGCUGCUCAGUUGACUGACAAGAAGGUUUGGGAAAGGGACGCGCGCGCACAGGGACCAGCUCGGCUGAGGACGUGGGGAUCAAGAAAAGGGAAAGACAACACUGCCUUAAUAACACGGAAGAGGACACAGACACACAGAAGCAUGGAAGGCCUCGUGGAGCGCCUGGAGCAGGCUGUGAUUCGCUUGGAGGGGGUGUCCGUCAAGUUACAGGGGCAGGGUUUACCCAAUGGAGACAUGGUCAAUGGAAUUGAUGGAGAGUUGUCGGAGUGGAUGCUGGCGUAUGAUGGGGUCCUGAAGGGACCAGUGGCCGAGUACCUGAAGCACAGCAGAACCAUCGGGGACGAUGUCGCCACACAUGCGGAGAUGGUACACAGUGCUCUGCAGGUGGAGAGAGCUUUCCUGAAGAUGGCCAACACACACCAGGAACCAGCAAAGCAGACCGAGUUGGCUGACCUGUUGCGGCCGCUGUCUGAGAAGAUCCAGGAGGUGCAGAGCUUCCGAGAGAAGAACCGCGGCAGCGCCCUCUUCAACCACCUGUCUGCCGUCAGCGAGAGCAUCCCGGCCCUGGGCUGGGUCGCCAUGGGCCAGAAGCCAGGCCCCUACGUGAAGGAGAUGAAUGAUGCCGCCAUGUUCUACACCAACAGAGUCCUGAAAGACUACAAAGACUCUGAUGCGCGGCAUGUGGACUGGGUCAAGGCUUACCUCUCCAUCUGGACCGAGAUGCAGGACAUUAUCAAACAGCACCACGCCACCGGCCUCACCUGGAGCAAAGACGGUCCCAUGGCCCCAGCCUCUUUGUCUGUCCCCGGCGCAUCAACCCCAUCGGCCCCAUCGGCCCCAUGUCCCCCACCCCCUCCUCCUCCCCCUCCUCCCCCUGGUCCUCCUCCGGUCUUCCUGGACGAGGCGCCCACACCGUCAGCUCCUGCUCCCUCGGCCCAGCACUCGGCCCUGUUCGCGCAGCUCAACCAGGGGGAGGCCAUCACCAAAGGUCUGAAGCAUGUUUCGGCUGACCAGAUGACUCACAAGAACCCGGGCCUGCGCGCUCAGGGCGGACCCCAACAGCAGCCACAGACACAGCAGCAGCAGCAGGGGUCUCCGGCCAAGUCCAAGAACGCCAGGAGGAAGCAGAAGAAGAACCAGGCAGCACAGGCACAAGCCCAGACACAGGCUCAGGCGCAGGCACAGCCCCCCGCACAGCGGCCGCCUCCACAACACACACCCGUGCUGGAGCUGGAGGGGAAGAAGUGGAGAGUGGAGUACCAGCAGCAGGCUCAUGACCUGGUCAUCGAGGACACGGAGCUGAAGCAGGUGGUCUACGUCUUCAGCUGCAACAACUCCACCCUGCAGAUCAAGGGCAAAGUCAACUCCAUCAUCAUGGACAACUGUAAGAAACUGGGCCUGGUGUUUGACAAUGCUGUGGGCAUUGUUGAAGUGAUCAACUCCAAAGACAUCAAGCUCCAGGUGAUGGGUAAGGUUCCUACCAUCUCCAUCAACAAGACGGAAGGCUGCCACGUGUACCUGAGUAAAGACGCCCUGGACUGUGAGAUCGUCAGUGCCAAGAGCUCCGAGAUGAACAUCCUCAUACCAGAGGAAGAUGACUAUAAAGAGCUGCCGGUGCCCGAGCAGUUCAAGACCGUCGUCUGGGAUGGCUCAAAGCUGGUCACGGAGCCUACGGAGAUGGCGGGCUGAUCUGACACUACUGCACUUCAUCCCACUCCUCUUCUGCAUCUCUUCAAUCAUCUCCUCUCCUCCUCCUCCGUCCUCCUUUACCCGUGCUCACUGCACUUUCAAUAAUCCCAGCGCUCCGUCCAAGACCAGGGCUGCGAGUCAAAACUGCUUCCACCCUUCCUUUCCUAUUGCUUGUGUCCUCGUGAUGCACGGCAUGCCAUCAUUGAUGAAUGAAGCUUUAUUUAUAUCCAGCAAAAGCACAACUCAAAGGCCAUUAUUAUUAUAUAAUUUGCAAUCAGGGUGUUGAAUAGGGGAAAGCCCCUCAAAAGUUUCCCUGGUUAGGUCCGUUUACGUUCAUUUUCUCCAGAGGCAAGGAGACACCAAAAGUAAAAGGAAAGGACAGGAGGAACUAGUUUAACUUUCACUCCAGACAGACUGUGUAAAAGGGAAAUGUCAGCUCAGCUGACUCAGCUGACACAACCCCCAUGUACAGUAGGCAUUAGGUUGGAAACUGAAGAAGGGUUUUGCAGCCAAACUAAAUAUAUUCAAAAGGGAAAUUUGGAGGUAAAAUGUCUUCUUCAGAUCCAACUCACUCAUUAUACUUUAAUCAUUUAGUAAUCUGGCACUUUAAGUUAAAGGCUUGAAUGUCAUGAAAGGAUGCCCCAAUUUUGCCACUCCUCAAAUGUUACAAAACAUCUUAGUUUUUCCCCAUUAGAAGUAUUAUUAUUAUAAGUGUAGUAUUACUUUGUUGAAGCACUGAUUCACAUUUUUAUACAUCCUUUGGUUGAACAAUUUUUUUGUGUGCAUUUUUUUUUUUUUUUUACAAAUAUACUUUUCCCCUCAAACAAGAUGGAAACCACAAAAGUUGCUGAGUGCUUGAUAACCACUCUAAAAUUAUUUUGUGCCAUGGAACAGACAGUGAAGAGUUUUUAUUUUGCAAGCAAAAUGUAGGAUUCAUGGAUUUGCCACACUUUUAAUUUGAACACAACAAAUUAAAUGACUUUCAUGUCAUUUUAAAAUAAUUUCAUGUCAUGGAUGUCAUAACACUACUUUACUGGAGCGAGAAAGAGUUGUAUCCAGUCGAUGACAGGGCACUUGUUAGAAUUCUGAUGGUGUUUUUAAGUUGGCUUGACAAGUUAGCUGGCUAACUUUUGUGGUUGUUAUGCUGAAUGAACAAGUAUGUUUGAUACAGUAAACAACCAUGGCACACGGCGGGGACACACACUGCCUAAAUGGGACUGAGCUUGAUUGUACAGUAUGCCAGCAAGAAAUCAUUGAUGGCUUAGGAGACAUUUGAGGGAAGCCGUUUUGUGACUGUACUGGAUUUAACCACUGAUAUGACCUUGCCUGAUAAAACACAGGUGAUGUAAUAAGAAAUUAUUUUGCUGGCUCAGAUCACUUGACUUAGAUCACUGAAAUGUCACAAACAGCACAAAUGACUGUUUAUUGUUUAUAGACACUUUCCUAUAAAAUGAAGACAGACUACAAGCCGUUAAGAUGACUCUUUUUGACAUAUUAUGCGUUUUUUGCUUGGUGUCAUAAUAUAAAACAAAUGCCUUAGAAACCUAGGUAGAAGUUGAGCUUCACUGGUUACAUAUACAUAUAUAUGCCUUAAUGUGUGCACUGUAAUACAUCAACGUACAAAAAUGCUGUAUUGUGUUUGGCAGUUUGGAAUACAUCUGGGCAGGGCAUGAUAUUGACAUGUUAAACAUCAAUUUGUUACAUACAAAAACAAUUGUAAUAUGUUCAACCCCUUUAUUUUCAAAAUAAAAAUAGCAGAUAUAA